CUACUUUUAACGCCUAUAUAUUCUCUCCUCAUUCUUCCACUUCUCCCCACUCCUUUUCCUUUUCUCUCUCCUAGUUUACCUUGUUGGGUCAUACGGCGAGAUCGCACAUUGAGUGCAGCUGCGACUGCGAGUACGAGAGAGAAGAAAACAAAACAAAACAAAAUGAUAGAUCGGAAGAGUGUUUUCGCUCUUGCCUUCAUCUGCAUUGCCGUAGCUGGCGUAGGCGGUCAAUCCCCAGCUGCUGCGCCCACCACCUCCCCUGGAACUUCAACUACCCCUGCUGCUUCCCCAACGGUUGCCACAACUGCUCCAACACCACCUACGACCCCGCCUCCUGUCAAGGCUCCCACUGCCGCACCGCCUACCGCUGUCUCAUCUCCUCCACCCGCUUCAGCUCCUAAGGCUGCUCCACCUACCCCGACUGUUCCCGCUCCAGUUGCUACACCGCCACCGGCUGCUACUCCAGUGACAACUCCGGUACCGGUAAGCUCUCCACCAUCGCCUCCACCUGCUACAUUGCCUCCCCCGGUGCCCGCACCCACCAGUCCGCCUGUGGUUCCUCCUCCGGCACCGGUGGCCGCCCCUCCAACGGAGGUGCCCGCACCGACCCCUAGCAAGAAGAAGGCGAAGAAGCAUAUUGCUCCCGCUCCGUCGCCAAAGGCACUCAGUCCACCUGCACCACCGGCAGAGGCUCCUACUCAGGACAUUGGCUCUCCCGGACCAUCUCAGGCGGCCGACGUGAGCGGAGCGGAGGAGAAACUGUGGAGCGUGCAGAAGAUGGCAGGAAGCUUUAUUCUUGGAUGGGGUGUUUUGCUUUGCUUGUUUCUCUAGAGACCUGGGUAGUUAGUUCAGACUUCAGACUUGAGAGAGAGAGGGAAUCAUUGAGGUCAUCGUGGCCUGCUCUUACUUGUUCUGUUAUUAUUAUUAUUUUAUUUUAUUUUUUCUGGAAAGAUCCUUUGGGCUUUGUCUAUGUAUGAAUAUGAUUACUUUUACUUUUUGAUUGAUUAAAAUUUACGGGUUACUGGCUGUCUCACCCAAACACAGACACUUUGAAUAUUUGAUGAAGUAUGAUUUUGAUUUUUGAGA